CAAGGAAGUGAGUGUGAGUGUGACGACAAGGGGCGAGAGAGAGGGAGAGAGAGAGAGUGACGAAAUGAUCAUCAGUACAUGUAUAAAACAGGAGAGACAGAGGAGAGCGAAGAGGGGAGGGAGAGACUGGUGGGUGUGCGUGCGUGUGAGAGUGAGAGUGAGAGCAACAAAUUGGGGAUCAUAUUCAUAUAUAUAUAUAUAUAUAUGCAACUAGUCUCUCUCUGAAUCAAUUUUUGGUUAAAGGAGCUUCUCAAAGAUCGAUUCAAUGGCGGAGGAGAUGAAGAAGAAGAUAGUAUUGUUAUUAAUUAUUACAGUAAUUAUGGUGGGAAUUAGAGUGGUGGAAUCGGAGUACAUAGAGUACAACACAUCACAGAGGAUGAUCAACAAUGGCAAAAUCAACGUCCAUUUGGUCCCUCACUCCCACGAUGACGUCGGUUGGUUGAAGACCGUCGAUCAGUACUACGUCGGUGCCAAUAAUUCAAUUCGGGGAGCUUGUGUUCAGAACGUCUUGGAUUCUGUAAUUUCGGCAUUGUUGGAGGAUAAGAAUCGAAAGUUCAUCUAUGUUGAAAUGGCAUUCUUUCAGCGUUGGUGGAGGCAGCAGAGCAAGGCUCUCAAGACCAAAGUCCAGGAACUCGUCAACUCUGGUCAACUAGAAUUCAUAAACGGAGGAAUGUGCAUGCACGAUGAGGCAACCCCACAUUACAUUGACCUAAUUGAUCAGACUACACUAGGGCAUCAAUUUAUCAAAAAAGAAUUUGGUCAGAAACCAAGAGUUGGUUGGCAGAUUGAUCCUUUCGGGCAUUCUGCUGUUCAGGCUUACUUGCUGGGUGCAGAGCUAGGAUUUGACUCUCUCUUUUUUGCACGGAUUGAUUACCAAGACAGAGCUAAACGAAAGGAUGACAAGACUCUUGAGGUUGUCUGGCAGGGUUCAAAGUCCCUUGCUUCAUCUUCACAGAUUUUUACUGGCAUAUUCCCUAGGCAUUAUGACCCUCCUGAUGGUUUUACCUUUGAAAUAAAUGAUGUGUCUCCUCCUAUUCAGGAUGAUAUUCUCCUGUUUGACUACAAUGUUGAAGAACGAGUUGAUGACUUCGUAGCUGCUGCAGUGGCACAGGCUAAUGUAACCAGGACAAACCAUAUAAUGUGGCUCAUGGGGACAGAUUUUCGGUAUCAGUAUGCAAAUUCGUGGUUCAGGCAGAUGGACAAGUUUAUUCAUUAUGUCAACCUGGACGGCCGUGUCAAUGCUCUAUAUUCAACCCCAUCCUUAUACACUGAUUCAAAAUUUGCAACAGAUGAAUUAUGGCCUCUAAAAACUGGUGAUUUCUUCCCGUAUGCAGAUCAUGAAAAUGCAUAUUGGACAGGUUAUUUUACUAGUAGGCCAGCCUUCAAGGGUUAUGUCAGAAUGAUGAGUGGUUACUAUUUAGCAGCAAGACAACUGGAAUACUUUAAAGGCAGGAGCAGUUCAGGGUCGAACACAGAUGCAUUGGCUGAUGCUUUGGCAAUUGCUCAGCAUCAUGAUGCAGUUAGUGGUACAGAAAGACAACAUGUGGCUGCUGACUAUGCAAAGCGACUUUUCAUGGGCUAUGCAGAGGCUGAGAAGGUGGUCACGUCAUCACUUGCUUUGUUAGUAGAGUCAAAAUUAAGCACUAGACAUGAAGACUCGGUCACCAAGUUUCAGCAGUGUCCCCUUCUUAAUGUAAGUUACUGUCCUCCAUCAGAAGCUGCUUUGUCUAAUGGGAAAAGCUUGGUCAUAGUUGUCUACAAUCCUUUAGGAUGGAAGAGGGAGGAAGCAAUUCGGAUUCCAGUUUCCACUGAGGUGAUUGUUCUGGAUUCAGCUGGAAGAGAAAUUGAAUCUCAACUUCUUCCUCUGUCCAAUGCCUCUUUAAGAAUCAGAAAUUUCCAUGUCAAAGCAUAUUUGGAUAGAUCUCCUGGUGACACACUUAAAUAUUGGCUUGCCUUUUCUGUAUCUGUACCACCGCUUGGUUUCAGCACGUACAUUGUUUCGAGUGCAAAACGGACAGAAGUGGGUAGUUCAACCAUCUCAGAAGUCUAUACUUCAGAAGGAAGUACGGAUUUUACAGUUGAAGUUGGCCAAGGAAAUUUGAAGCUACUUUACAAUGCAAAUGAGGGAAAGCUUACUCAUUACAUUAAUGGCAGAAGUUUGGUUAGAACAGCUGCCAGGCAAUCAUACAGUUACUACUAUGCAUAUAAUGGAACUGACAAAGAUUCCCAGGCUUCUGGGGCAUAUAUUUUUCGUCCAAAUGGUACAUUCCCCAUAAAAUCUGAAAGCCAGGUUUCCUUAACUGUUAUGAGGGGUUCGCUCAUGGAUGAAGUACAUCAGCAACUCAAUCCAUGGAUAUACCAGGUCACCAGGGUAUACAAGGGAAAGGAACAUGCUGAAGUUGAGUUCAUUAUUGGGCCCAUACCUGUGGAUGACGGAUUUGGAAAAGAAAUAACCACUCAAAUCACAACAGCUAUAAUGACCAACAAAACCUUCUAUACAGAUUCUAAUGGACGGGACUUCAUUAAAAGGGUUCGAGAUUACAGAGAAGACUGGGACCUUCAAGUUAACCAACCUGUUGCUGGAAAUUAUUAUCCUGUUAAUCUGGGAAUUUACAUCGAAGAUGAAAGCACUGAACUAUCUGUGUUGGUGGACCGUGCAGUAGGUGGAUCCAGUUUGGUGGAUGGUCAAAUAGAGCUGAUGCUCCAUAGGAGGCUAAUUCAUGAUGAUGCUAGAGGUGUUGGUGAGGCUCUAAAUGAAGAAGUUUGUGUCCUUGAUGAAUGCAAAGGUUUAACGGUCCAAGGAAAAUUUUAUAUUAGAAUAGACCCUUUAGGAGAUGGUGCCAAGUGGCGUCGCACAUUUGGCCAAGAGGUGUAUUCACCACUACUUCUAGCAUUCACUGAGCAGGAUGGAAAUAAUUGGACAAAUUCCCAUAUACCAACAUUUUCUGGGAUUGAUCCUUCCUACAGUUUACCAAAUAACAUUGCAGUGAUAACUCUCCAGGAACUUGACAGUGGGAGAGUGCUCCUUCGGUUAGCCCAUUUAUAUGAGACUGGAGAGGACGAAGACUAUUCAGAAUUGACGAGUGUGGAACUGAAGAAGCUGUUCCCAACCAAGAAGAUCCGGAAAGUGACAGAGAUGAAUUUGUCUGCGAAUCAAGAGAGAGCCGAAAUGGAGGCAAAGAGACUAGUUUGGAAAGUGGAAGGCUCUUCAGAAGAACCCAAGGUAGUGAGGGGAGGAGCCGUUGAUCCGGUAAAACUGGUGGUUGAACUUUCCCCAAUGGAAAUCCGCACCUUUUUAAUUGACUUUGAUUACCUUCAAAUGUUUGGUUCUUAAUUAAAAGAGCAGAGCUCGGUGGCCAUCAGCUUCAGUUGUCAGAUUUAUAAUUUAUAGUAUUUUAAAUCCCAUGUGUAUUUAUUUAUGUGAAUCUUCUUAUUUUGUGUCUAGAAGUGAAAAAAUAUAGAAUUAUAUAUGACAUUGCAUAAAGAUAUUACGUUGAAAAAUGUAAAUAAGAAUAUCUUUUCCUCCUCACUUUUCCCUUUCUUUUUCAUAUCCAAACCCAUCAUAAAUAUAUGAUGUAACGAAUUACUAGUCU